UGCCGCGGGGAGACUCGCGUGUGCUUUUUAUUCGCGCUACCACCUUCUCGCUCUGCCUCUUCCGUUCUACCCCUAAGCGCUUGUCGGCUGGUACCCUUGGAAGUUGUGAUUGCCAAAGUGCGCGAGUUGUCGCUUAAUCCUUUACCGUUGUUUUUUUUUUUUUUUGUUCUUUGUAGUAUUUUCGUCCAUUGUACAAGAGAUGAAAUAUCGUUGACGUGACCUGGUGGUGUCGCUGACCUGCAGGUCAAGCCAGCGAAGAAUCGCGGGAUCCAGUGCCGACAUGAAGGAAUCGAGCCGCGAAAUCGGCCUCGCGCAGUUGUGAGUGCGUUGUGGGUGUGUUGAGGUGCUCGAAAAAAAACGGAAGAUAAUCACGGGAAAAGCUGCGUCGCGGAAAUAUGUGGCCCGAUAGGAGGACCAUCGGCCGGCGGACGAGGUGGGACGCGACGGGCGGCUCGCCGCUGUUGCUGUUGCUCAUCGUCGUCCUGGCAGAUAUUUCCGGUACUCUCGGAGAAAUCGACGUGUCCAUAAGAGUCCCGGUGGCCGUGGUCGAGAACUCGACGGUCAAGCUGACUUGCGACUACAAUCUACACUCCAUGCCGCUCUACUCGGUCAAAUGGUACAAGGGUGGCAAGGAAUUCUACAGGUUCCUGCCGAAGGAGUUGCCACCUCAGGUGUCUUUUCUACCGCGCGUCAAGAUCGACAUGAACCUGAGCGACGACCACAGCGUUGUGCUGAACAACAUCGAGGCUAACCAAACGGGAAAGUACAAGUGCGAGGUGUCCACGGAUGCGCCCAAAUUCAUCACCAAACUCGUUUGGAGCUACAUGCACGUCGUCAGAUUGCCGGAGGGUAACGUGACAGUGCGCACGGAGAAGCUGAGAUACGCGUUGGGAGAUACGGUGCGAGCCAACUGCAGCGCACCACCGGCCAAUCCGCCGGCCAACAUCACCUGGACCGUCAAUGGGCAUACGAUAAAUUCGAGCUACAUCAGAAACACGUCGAUGAACUACGACAAUCGCACGAUGGUGACGGCCAAGCUCGAGCUCGAGCUCACGUCCGAGAGCUUCGUCAACGGCAGGCUGCACAUCACCUGUCGCGCCAACGUCUUCCAGCUCUACCGUAACGAGGCGACCGUCGUCGUCGAGGAGGAACGCCCGAGGCUCGCCUCCAUCAGUAUGCCAGGUGGCACGCUACAAUCUACUUUGAACCCCAAUAGAGGCACGGCGAAAAGCAGUACCAAAAGCUGGCUGUUCGCUUUGGCCGUCGUCGUCGUAAUCGCCAAUGCAAGAUAACGUCAGUAAAAAGGAAAAAUCCGGUCAACUUGGAGGGAAAAUUACAAGAAUAUGAUAUCCGAUCGAGGAGGAGAUGGGGUGGGGGAGAAAAAAAGCGUGCGACGAAUCAUUUGCCAAGAUUUUGGAUUCCUCGCGAGCCGAGAAAUCAUACGGGGGAGACAACUAUUAACUACUAUCUGUAUGAGAGUCUAAUUAUGUUCACACGUAGGGUGGAAGAGUGUGAAUUUCGUUGUGUCGGAGGAGAAGGGGCGAAGAGAUAUUUAAAAAGCCAAAGCGUUUCAUCGAAUCAACGUAUCGAGCGUAUGUUAUUUGUGUAAAUAGAUAAUAAUAAUUUAGCGAAAACUGUCUGUACUAAUGGCGAGAGGGAUGGGAGCGCGUAUGCGUUUGGACGCAAAUUUGUAACUCGAACCAUAAAAUAUCCAACUAUACAUGUAUGCAUACAAGUAGACAAAUAAAUAAGAUGUUUGUUCGAAAAAUUGAAAAUCAGGGGGAAAAAAAGAUGUCUCUUUUAGAGCGUAUGGAAGAUAAUAAUGAUGAACGCGAUGAAUAUUUUUUAAUCCUUUUAACUGCAGCUUUUUCCGUUGAUUGUCGAAAAGUCAUCACUGCCUGUGUGAGUUACGUCCUGUCGAGCUCUCAAACUAACAAAGUGUUGUUAUUGUUUCUGACGAAAUAUUGUUUCAAGUGAACGAAAAAAACUA